AUUCUCUUGAAGAGAUUAUCCUAUAAAAGAUCACCAAAAUGGCGUCGUUUAACUCUUGAGCGGGUGGUCUAAGAAGCCGCUGCAACCGCCGCUGCCGCCGCCGCCGUUCUCUAGGCGAGCCAAUUACAAUACGCGAAAUUCCAAGCCUUUCUUUAGAAUCCGUUUGUUUUUUUUUUCCGUUUAAUAAUAAUAAUAAUAAUAAAAGAUUUGAGCGUCUUUUGGGGGUUUUUUGAUGACUUUUCUCUCACUUUCUCUUCUCACUUUCUCACUGUCCAAACAGGAAGCAAGUGUUUUGUUCUUCGAAUUCCAGUUCCUUCAUGGACCCCGAAGUGAUCGAGAUUCCUCCCCCGAUUCCUCGCUCUUUUAAGUCUAAGCAAAAACAGGUUAUUAUUCAUGAAGUAAUUGAUGUUGAUAAAGAUGAAGAUUCAGCUGAUAUAAUGAUUCUUGACGAAAGAGUUGAUGCAAGGAACAAAGGGAAGGCUGUAAAAAGUAGCUCUGGCAGUUUUAAUACCAUUCAAGCUGAGGACUUUGUGGAUAAAUCUCUUGGUUCGAUAAACAAGGUUGAACCUUCUAAGCAUCCUACCCAAGGAUCACAGAACAUAGUUAACCUUGAUUGUGAUUUGUCCUAUGAUGAUGAGAUUUUUGAUAAUUAUUACCUUAAUGAUAUCAUGGAUGUUGAUGACUAUGCCAUGUUGCAAGCACAUUUUGAUAAUGUUGAUAUUCCUGCUGGAGUAGAGGCAUCUAUCCCUUGGUUUGCCGAUUUUUCAGAGAGUAAAAAGAAAACCUCUCAUGGAAACAUUUCAUCUGGUGUUGAUGGGAGUGACCAAUCUCUUUCGCCUUGGUUAUCAGAGCCUGCUCAUACCAACAAGAAGGCAGCUUUAGUUAAUAGUUCUAGUUUCCAGACCCCAGGGGAUCCUCUGAGUCAUUCUUCUGGAGAAGCAAGUCUGUCUUCACCUUUGUUAUUUCCACAAGGUUCUCAAAGUAAGAAGAAGUCAGCUACAUCACAACCUAGAUGGAGUAGUCAAAAUCUUCAAUUUGGGCAUUCUUUGCAGUCUUCCCAGGCUGGUGGUUCAACUAAUGGUAGUAAUGUGAGUCACUCUGAUGCAGUGAUGCUCCCUCAUGCAGUAACUCCUGCAGCUUAUUGGGAUCAUAUUAAUUCUGCUAUACAGAAGCAAAUUGGUGCUAGCAGUUUGUUUCAUUCAAAUUUCCCUACACCUUUAGAUGCAUUAAAUAACACUCUGGCUAUGGAACCUUCUGUGUCUUGGUGGCCACCUAUGAAAUCAAAAUAUAGUUUCAAUAAGCAUAAUAUAUAUUCAAGUUUUCCUGAUCCAGUUGAUGGUACUUAUAUAACUCCUCAAGAAGUGGUAGAAAUCAGAAAUCAGAGAAUUGUAAAUGAAGAAGAAAUCCUCAGUAAGCUCCAACUUUUUAAACAGUUUGAUACUGUUGAUGAUUUUUCGGACCAUCACUAUGCUUCCAGUGGUGCUUCAACGAAGCAGCCGCCAAAGAAUUGGGCAAAGAAGAUUCAGGAGGAGUGGAAAAUACUUGAGAAGGAUUUGCCAGAUACUAUUUUUGUUAGGGUUUAUGAAUCAAGGAUGGAUCUCUUAAGGGCUGUAAUUAUAGGAGCAGAGGGUACUCCCUAUCAUGAUGGUCUCUUCUUCUUUGAUGUUUUCUUCCCUGCUAGCUAUCCUAAAGUACCACCGCAUGUUUAUUACCACUCUGGUGGACUUCGACUCAAUCCAAAUUUGUAUAGUUGUGGGAAAGUAUGCCUUAGUCUUCUUAACACCUGGUCUGGUAAUAAGAAUGAGAAGUGGAUACCUGGUAUGUCAACCAUGCUCCAAGUUCUGGUAUCUAUUCAGGCUCUAAUCUUGAAUCAGAAGCCUUACUUUAAUGAGCCUGGAUGGGCACAUCAUUGUGGCACCCCAAAAGGUGAAUCAUUGUCCCGGCAAUACAAUGAGGAGACUUUUAUCUUGUCACUGAAGACAAUGACCUACUCCAUGAGGAGGCCACCAAAGCAUUUUGAGGACUUUGUUGUGGGCCAUUUCUACAAACGUGCUCAUGAUAUUCUCGUGGCGUGUAAAGCAUAUAUGGAUGGUGCUCAGGUAGGUUGCCUGGUAAAAGGUGGUGUUCAAGAUGUCGAUGAAGGUGACAAGAGCUGCUCUCAGAAGUUUAAGGACUCUGUGGCUGGGUGUGUAAAUAUGCUCGUGAAAGAAUUUACAGUACUUGGAGCCAAGGAUUGUGAGAAAUUCCUUACUGUCCCCAAAUGUCAAAAUAAUCGAGUUGAUAAUAUGCAGGCUGCAAUAAGAGGUGGGAAAGCCACCCAAAUGAUCUUCCUGGUGAAACGAUACCAGAUAAGUAUGAAAAAUGACAAACUCAAGAAAACCAUUUUCGAUAUAUACCUGACCUUGGUUAUGCAGGGGUUCAUCUGUUUCAUCUUCUUUGAUAUUACAGUGGCAAUGAUGCUAUGGCUCUGUAAAUUCACAGUUUUGUUUUUGUUCAUUAGUUUCUUUAUACAACCUGUCACAUGCACUGAAACUGAAGCAUUAUCUACUGAUAGUGCCAUCUCUUAUUCUGAUUAUUGCUCUUCAAGUGUCCCUGAAUCAACCCCCUAUUUUCAUUAUUCCCCCGCUUACGGUUUUUUUGGCCCUUUCCGCCAGUACGAGACUGGAUAUUACUGCUCUGGUGGAAACAGAAUUCUCAAUUCGAACAUAACCAGAUUCUGGAAUUCAUUCAUUUUUCGUACCAGGUUGGUGUAUAGAACUUAUAGAGAUGGGGUUUUCAAGAUUGAAAGCAGCAUGGUGUUUCAAAGCCCAAACUAUGUGGGAAAUAUGGCUUACGGGCCUGGAGUUUCGUCCAGAAGUCCUUUGAAUUUGAAGUUACAAGGGUUCUGGUCAGAAUCUUCUGGGAAGCUUUGCAUGGUUGGGAGAGGCUUUGUUUACUCGAAAGAAGGUAAGCUGCUGAUUCCUUCUGCUGUUCUUAAGCUUAGUAAUCUCAAGAAUAUCAAUAACAUCACUACUCUGAUCACUGGAACUUUAGUGAGCGUGAGUUUUAGUAGUGCUAAGGAUUACUUUGACCCAGUUUCCUUGUUGAUGCUUCCGCAAUUGCAUUAUAACUACACGUUGGUUUCUGAGGACUUUGUGGAUGGGUUUUCUGGUGAAAGUGAUAAUGUGCAGGGUUUGCCAUACAAUGUACAGCCAAGAAGAGGUUUUUGCUCAAUAAUCUCAACCGCUGGAAAUGUCUUUAAUUUGCAGUACACACGUAGUUGCAGCCUUGGAAAGAACUGCCUUCCUUUUGAUGGGGUACUGGGGCAUUUGCCUUCUUCUAUAUCUUUGAGAAGACUCGAGUAUUGUUCAGAGGUCAAAAGGAAAGUUCGUCUUUUGAUAGAAUUUCGCAAUGUUAACUAUGUUGGGUUCUACCACCCUUUUAAUCCCAACUCAACAUUGAUUGGAGAAGGAUUCUGGGAUGAUAAGAAGAAUCAGCUGUGUGUUUUUGUCUGUCGAAUUUUGGAUAUUGCAGAAUCUUGGUCUAAUGCUCGUGUUGGGGAUUGCACAACAAGGUUGACUUUGAGGUUUCCUGGCAUCUUGUCACUGAGAAAAACCAGUAGCAUGGUGGGUCAAUUUUGGACCAUCAAAAGCAUGAAUGAUUCAGGUUACUUCAAUACAAUAGUGUUUCAAAGUGCUGAGAAUCAAAUGGAGGGGCUUCCAGGCUUAAAGUAUGAAUACACAGAAAUGGAGAGAGUAAAAAAGUCAUGCCCAAGAAGGAAGCCAGCCAAAAGAAAGGUAGAAAGUUAUCCAACUGGUGAUAAUUCCAUUGAUAUGAAAUUUGACAUGUUCGUUAAAAGUUCUGAAGGCAAAACUGGAUGGGGCUUUGCAGUUCCUUUCUCUGUUGUUGGUCAGCUUUACAAGCAAGCUUUGUAUCUGAUGGGCAUUCCUUCUAGCUCAAGGCCUGUAAGAACAGUGCUAGAUGGUCCUGUCAAUAUCAGCUAUGAGAUAGGCAUCACAUUUCGACGUGCUCCAGAGGUAGAUGGUGGAGGUGUUCUAUUUAACAUAACCAAAGAGAAAGUGGACAUUACUGAUGAAGGGAUUUAUGAUGCUGAUACAGGAGCCUUGUGCAUGGUUGGUUGCAGAAAGAUUAGGUCAAAGGAUCAACUUUCGCAAAAUGCAUCUUUGGACUGUGAAAUUCUUCUGAAUUUCCAACUUCCUCUAUUAAUAUCAAAUAACAAUGGAGGUUACAUUGAGGGAACCAUUGAAAGUACACGGAAAAAGUCUGAUCCUCUUUACUUCAAUCGUUUGCAUGUGUCUUCAGCAGCCUACAGUGUUGAGCAGGCAAGACAAUCCACUAGGACUAUGGACCUGGAGAUCACAAUGGUUCUAAUAUCUAACACUCUGGUAUGUGUCUUUGUGGGGUUGCAGCUCUAUCAUGUGAAGAAGAAUCUGGAAGUACUUUCCUUUAUUUCACUUGUUAUGCUUGUGAUUCUUACCUUGGGCUACAUGAUUCCUCUUGUGCUAAACUUUGAAGCCUUGUUCUCAAAACAACAAGUUGAAGUUACUAGUUUGUUUCAUAGCACUGGAUGGCUUGAAUUGAAUGAGGUAAUUGUAAGGAUAAUGACAAUGGUAGCUUUCUUGUUGCAAUUCCGCCUUCUCCAGCUAGCAUUGUCAGCUAGAUCAGAAACCAAACGGGUGUGGUUUGCUGAGCAAAUGACCCUGCUUGUGACUGUAUCACUAUAUGCUGCUGGGGCCGUCAUUGCUAUGCUUGUUAACUCAGUGAAGCAUAGCCCUAAGGUUGUCAAGCAGCAGCAGCAUGUCAUGUUGCUUCCCUCCCAUCAGGUAGAAUACCAGCAGUAUUCCACCUGGAAAGACUUAAAAUGCUAUGGAGGUUUAGUCUUGGAUGGUAUUCUUCUACCUCAGAUACUACUCAACAUUUUCUCAAACACAAGAGAAAAUACUCUCAGCUAUUCAUUCUAUGUUGGAACCACUUUCAUUAGGUUGCUGCCACAUGUGUAUGAUCUUUACAGCAAUCACAGCUACAUACAACAGAACGGAAUGCACCUUUUUGCGAAUCCUAGUGAAGAUUUUUUCUCCAAUGCUUGGGUUGACUGUAUUGCUCUUGGAGUCCUGCUCUUUGCUGCAAUUAUUUACUUGCAGCAGAGGUUUGGUGGUCGUUGCAUUCUUCCUAGUAGAUUUAGAGAGUUAAAAGCAUAUGAGAAGGUACCAGCGAUUGGUGACUUAUGAACUCCAGAGAAAUUCCCUAAUGUUAUAUGCCAUUUGCAGUUGGUACUGAGGGUUUUUAGAUGAAAGUGCAUCAUUGUCGUCUGAUUUUUAACAAUGUCAGAGCAAGUUGUAAUGUGGAUACUGUACAACGCAAAGAAAAUAGUAUGGUUGAGACAUAGCAUUACUGGAAGCCACAUAAACCCUCUCUAUUAGGAGGUUUUAUAUCGACUUCUUCCUUGUUUUGACUAUGGAAAACAGAAAUGUGCUACUAUGGUUGGGAGACUAUGUGGCAGUUUCAUUUGUUGAAUUAAUUUUCAAAGCUUUUAGAUGCUAAUGUAAACUAUAAUGUGAAAAUCACUUUUGCCUUUUUUUCUCUUGGAAGAAAUUUAAAAGUUCCUAAGUAGACU